CGCUGGUUUCCAGAGCUCCCUCCGUCAUGGCGAUGCACGCUAAAGCAACUCCGCCGCAGAUCCCGGACACAAGGAGAGAGCUGGCGGAGCUGGUGAAGAGGAAACAGGAGCUGGCUGAGACGCUGGUGAACCUGGAGAGGCAGAUCUACGCUUUUGAGGGCAGCUACCUGGAAGACACUCAGAUGUACGGCAACAUCAUCCGCGGAUGGGACCGCUACCUCACCAACCAGAAGAACUCCAACAGCAAAACUGACCGGAGGAACCGUAAGUUUAAGGAGGCGGAGCGUCUGUUCAGCAAGUCGUCUGUGACGUCUGUUGCAGCGGUGUGCGCGCUCGGAGGGAUCCUCGAUCACAUGAACGAGAAGCGUGAAGCUGGAAGCGGCACAGAGAGUGACACGUCUCCAGAUCUUCAGAACCAGGAGAACGAACCGAGCCAGGAGGACACGGAGGACGUAGACUCAGCCCUGCAAGACCUGAAGCCCCAGAAAGCCGCGUCCUCGUCCUCGUCCAGCAGUCACCACGGCAGCCACAAGAAGAGGAAGAACAAGAACCGACACAGCCCUUCUGCCAUGUUUGAUUAUGACUUUGAGUUUGACAUGAAGGUCAACAAGAAACCCAGAGCGGAUUACUCCACCUGAAGGACCAGAACUCUCCAGAACUCUUGUAGACGAGCCUCCGUCUGGACUUCUCUGCCUUUGUGUCGUCAUGUUUCAGCCUGUACAGUGUCCAUAAUGUUGAAACAUUCCCACCUGGUGUCCUGGUUCCGUCUGGACCAGUUGGAUCAGAACCACCGUGUCAUUUAGAAAGGAUUGUUUGUAUUUAUUGUGUAGCAGAUUUUAACGUCUCCCAGGAACCAUUUGCCAUAGCAUCACGUUUGAUUCUGUUACGACCCGUUUGUUCUACAAUUAACCAAUAAAGUUGUGGAAGCGCUGA